AUGGAGACAUCAGGACCCUCUUCCCAGACUCCAGAUCACAGUCGAGUCCAUAGAGAAACAGAAGAUCUAGACUAUGAAGAGACAGAUUUCCACAAGUCAGACAGGGAGGCUGGACUCCUUUCUCAUGAACAACCCAAGAGAGACGAGUCUUCUACCUCCUUCUCGUCUUCCUCCCUGUCAUCCUGCUCUUCCUCAGGUACAGCAAUAUUAAUCUUGUGUUUGUUCUCUGCAGAGAGCAGUGAUGAGGACCAGCACCCAGGAGUAACUGGACAACGUCAGCAAAGCCAGGGGGCGGGACACCCCCCCGGGACAGCUCACCUGGUAGGCAGCCCAGGUGCUGAGCAUGAGGAGCCUGACCUUUUGAAGGAUGAGCUUCAGCUCUAUGGAGGUGCCCCUGGAGAGGUGGUGCCCUCUGGAGAAUCGGGACUCCGAAGAAGAGGCUCUGACCCAGCAAGUGGAGAAGUGGAGGCCUCUGAGUUAAGAAGACUGAAUAUAAAGAAAGAUGAUGAGUUUUUCCAUUUUGUCCUGCUCUGCUUUGCCAUUGGGACCUUGCUGGUGUGUUAUCACUAUUAUGCAGACUGGUUCAUGUCCCUUGGGGUCGGCCUACUCACCUUCGCCUCCCUGGAGACCGUUGGCAUCUACUUUGGGCUGGUGUACCGGAUCCACAGCAUCCUGCAUGGCUUCAUCCCCCUCUUUCAGAAGCUUAGGCUGAUGGCUGGAUCUGGCAAGGGAUCUACAGGUGGUGAUGAUACCAUGUUAGAGGGGCCUGAGGUCACCUUAAAGCGGGUUCUAAAGCCCCUCCGCCUCUGGCUGGCCUGA